UAAAUGAAAUUAAACAGGGUAAGCGGGUUACUUCUUGGCACAAGCUUGAUCAUAAAUGCAGCUUUAGCCCUUGUAGGCCCCUUCUUCCCUCAAGAAGCUGAAGACAAAGGUGUUGAUAUUAAUAUAAUAGGAUACAUCUUUAGCGCAUACCCAUUCUCAUUUGUGAUAAUUUCAUUAAUAAUGCCGAAAAUACUGAACAAAUAUAGCCAGAGAUUCAUGUUUAUCGUUGGCUCAAUCACAUAUGCUAUCUCGGUGAUCGGCUUUGGAUUACUGAUCUUUGUAGAUAACGAGUUAUUUCUCGCAAUGGCGAUUACAUGUAGAGUACUACAGGGAGCUUCAAACUCUGUGGUUUAUACAACAGCAUAUUCUGUUUUCUCAAUGCAGUAUGAAGGUAAUGACAUUAUGCAGAUGAAUUCUUACUUCAAAGUCACACUUGGAGCUGGGCUGGUCAUUGGGUUGCUCACAGGUACCCUGCUCUACAUGGUAGGAGGAUAUUGCCUUCCAUUUAUUGUGUUUGGAGUGUUCUUCCUCUGAUUUGUCCCAUGAGUCAUUGGAUAUUUCCCUUCAAAAAUCGAAGUUUCAAGUGACUUGAAAGAGCGUCUGUGUGCGAACACCAAUUCAGAGCAACAGAAGAGUGGACAAUUUAUUGAUUUUAGUAGUAACCAAAACAUUGUUAAUUGUAAAGAUCAAAGAUUUUACUCUAUAAGACCUUCAAUCAAAGAAAACCUUGAUGAUGGCAACUUGAGGCAUAAGUAUUCUUUUGACCAAGAAAAGAGGGAGACUUUGGAUGUUGAACACUCAAAUUCUUCUCAAAGAGAUUCUAAGAGGAUUAAAUUUGAAUUUCACCAAGAUAUGGAGGCUGGUUCUCAAAGCUUGACGCAGUCAAUUGUAACACAGAUCAUCAUGAAAUGUCUUAUAUUAGCUAUCCUGUUCCUGAGUUUGCUUAAUUUUGCUCCGGCGAUACUAUCAAAAAGAUUAGAGGAGCUUAAAAUCCAUGAAUAUUUAUAUGGUUUAAUAUUCGCUAUUCCAUGAGUUGUCCCAGUUUGUUCAAUAUUCUUAGUAAACCAAAUGAUGAACAAGUUUAACGGAAAUGCAGUCUUGAUAACAGGCACCAUCUUAAUGUCAUUUGGAUUCUUCAUAGUUGCCAUAGAAUCAGUCUUUUUCUUUUUAAUUGGGAUAUCAUUGUUAGGAUUUGCUGCUCCUUUUGCAAUCCUUCCUUUAUUCCCACUAAUGAGGAACAGUCUGAAGAGUGACUAUAGAAACUCAAAUGAGGCAAUUAAUGCCUUAUCAGGACUAUACAAUGCUGCGCUGGGCAUCGGAGCUAUUGCAGGCCCUCUGAUAGGGUCUCACCUAUACUUCUAUUUUGGAUUCUUCACAACUGCUUAUGUACUAGGCAACUUUUGAAUUCUACUCUCAAUUAUCUUGUUCUGCUCUGGAGGAUGAUGAAGGUCAAGAGAUGACGUGAUAGAGUGUUCGGACUUAUCUGAAAAUCCUGGGGUGCUUAACAGCUCUUUCCUGGAGCCUAACAUUCUACCAGUCCCAAGUGGAAGACAGUUUAAUAAACCUUAAGAAGUCAUAUAUCUUUAGUAAACU